AUGUAAGAGCAUCGUUCCCAGACAACUGAGCAGAUCAACUCUAAGAAAGUAUUUACAAACACUGAUGGUGGUUACUUAAUGUACAUAUUCCUCAUUCAAUAUUAAUUCUAAAGUAAAAUUAGGGAGAAAGCAAAGAAACUUGAAAAGGAAAAUGUCGAUUUGUUUUUCAGAUUCGUUUGUAUGGGUAAGGCCAUGAUAGACUACGCCGAUCGCGGGGAUUUAGAAAAUUUUGAAAGACUACUUAGAGAGAGUGAUGAUCAAGAAUUGAUGUUUUGGCAUGUUACUAAGGGUUUGAAGGCAGCAGUUAAGAAUCGCAGAAUUAACAUAAUCACCUAUAUUAUCGAUGAGCUAGAGAUGAGUCUUUAGCAUGAAGCUUUUGAAAAGUACUUGCAUCUAUAUCUUUUUGGCUGUCAAGAAGCUGAGAUGGAGAAUGAUGAUGUAGGCAUCGAAAUAAACCGUGAAAUUCUAAGAUUGCUAGUUAAAGGAAAAGGCAAGGAAGGUAUUGAUGAGGUAGAAAAAGUCAGUUCCUCAACUCCAUUGAUUGUAGCUUGUGAGCAUCUUCAUGACUUAGAAAUGAUUAAGAUAUUAGUUGAAGCUGGUGCUGAUGUUAAUGCAGUGACCAGUGAUGAUAAAAUGCCACUUAUAUUAAUCAAGGAAAGACUUGCCUCCGAUAUGACAAAUACUAAGCUAGAGAAGAUUUAUGACUAUUUAGAGGAAAAAGGAGCAAAGCUAACAUGGAGAGAUAAAUCUAAUAAUUAUUGA